GGAAAAAAAAAAAAAAAAAGAAAAAAAAGAGGAAGGGAUUUGGGGAUUUGCUACUCUGGUGUGGGUCUGCUCCUGCAGUAUCUUCCUGUUCCUCCCAUUUCUUUCUUUCUUCUUUCGCCCCUUCGCUUCUCUCAUAAUUAAAUCCCCACCCCAAAAACAUUCAUGCCAAAAUGACUGUCCAAUAAUUCAAUUUCAAGGAUAUACAAAGGAGAAGAACGAGCAGGCAACCACGGCGAAGCACAACAGCUAUGCGAUCCUCCUUGUCGAGGGCCUGUCGAACCCCAACGGCGCCGUUCUCGUCGUCGUUGCCGAGCAAUGAAUUAUUGUCCAUGCAGCUUUGAUGGGACUGCAACUGCAGAUGAGUUGGCAGCCGAGUUUACUCAGUCAGAAGCGGAAGAACGGUCCCCCUCUAGGGUUAAGAAACCUCGGCAACUCUUGCUACCUCAACAGCGUCCUUCAGUGCCUCACUUAUACCCCUCCUCUCGCCAAUUUCUGCCUCGCUAACCAGCACUCCUCUCUCUGCGAUUCCGCUGCAGAUGCGGAGCGGAAACGUGACUGUCCUUUUUGCAUACUGGAGAAACGGAUAGCGCGGUCUCUAAGCGUUGAUCUCGCUCUCGACUCCCCAGCCAAGAUUGUCAAUUGCCUCAGGAUUUUUGCCGAACACUUGAAGUGUGGGCGUCAAGAGGACGCCCAUGAGUUCCUGCGGUAUGUAAUCGAUGCCUGCCACAACACAUGCCUUCGCCUCAAGAAGUUGCGACGCAAAGGCACCGAGCCUUUCAACGGCAACAACACUGUCGUUAAGGAGAUUUUUGGGGGUGCAUUGCAGAGCCAGGUGGAGUGCUUGUCUUGCGGUGCCUUGUCCAAUAAAGUUGAUGAUAUUAUGGAUAUCAGUCUAGAAAUCAUGCAUAGUAGUUCCCUUCAGGAAUCAAUUCAAAAGUUUUUUCAGCCAGAGAUUUUAGAUGGAAACAACAAGUAUAGAUGUGAUAAUUGCAAAAAGUUGGUGAAAGCAAGGAAGCAAAUGUCUAUACAUCAAGCACCUAAUAUCCUUGUAAUCCAACUGAAGAGAUUUGAAGGAAUAUUUGGCGGGAAGAUCGAUAAGGUUAUUGCAUUCGAAGAAGUUUUGGUUCUUUCAAAUGUCAUGUCCAAAGCAAGCCAGGACCCACAACCAGUAUAUAACCUUUUUGGUACCAUUGUCCACUCGGGAUUCUCACCGGAAUCUGGGCACUAUUAUGCUUAUAUAAAGGAUGCAAUGGGACGAUGGUAUUGCUGUAAUGAUUCUUAUGUAUCUCUAUCAACCCAGGAGGAGGUAUUGUCAGAGAAGGUUUACAUUCUAUUCUUCUCUCGUGCCAACCAGCGGCCAUUGUCUGCAGGUAGUGCACUGGCUUCCAAUGGAGUUAAGCAUUUUGAUGGUGGAAGUGAGAUACCAAAAGCACAGAAAGCUGGGCUGCGGUCAAAAGAAGUUAACACAAAAACAAAUGAUACAUCAGGGGGUUCUAGGAUAGAAAAAGUCCUUUCGAGCCAACGGACAAAAUUUAAUAUUUCUCAAAAUAUUAAUUUUAAAAGAGUUCCUGCUGCUGUUAAUGGAAAACUUGGCGCUCAUAAGGGUCAAAACUUACUCAUGAAUGGGAAUAUUAAAGACUCACACCAUAUAAAGAGAAGUGAGAAAGAUGUAUCUUUGACAAUAAACAAGAAUGGCUCCAACAGAAAUAGAAAAGAUGAGGUCAGCAUUGGCAACAGUUCAUCAUUUGGAUUAGUUAAUGAAAAUGGCAGUAUACAAACUAAAUAUUCAGCAAAAACAAAUCACCAUGAAGGUAAUGGUACAAGCAGCAGUGUGACAAUAGGCAGUGGAUUUUGUUACAAAGAAGUGGAGAAUGGUAAUUCCCAAUCUGAUCUCUCGGGUUCCAGGAGAAAAUCAGAAUUGGGAUCUUGCUCUUUGCUCGGACAGGAUGCUCAAUCUCAGGAGAAACGGAAAGUACUGAAAGAGAUCCUCCAGAAAGAAGCAUAUUUGGUUUUGCAAUCAUGUGGCUGGUCUGAAGAAGUUCACAAUUUCAUGCGCACAAGAAAGAAACUGUGUACACAAGAAGGGGGAAACUCGCUAACGGAUAGCGACUUAAAGAAAAAGUUGAUAGCAGAUGCAAAAUCGACUUUCACUUCACAGAUACCAGAAUCACUGAAAGCAAACCUUAUAAAACAGCUACGGUCAUUUAGCCAGGAGAAACAAGACUUUCUGCAUUCUGGAUCGACUUAAAUGUCUCCUGACAAAUGUUGCUGGUGCGCCAUGGUGUAUAAUCUGUAUCAUUAAUUGAUGUUGUAUCAAGGAGGUUACAUUUCUUGAGAGAGAACAUGGGAAUCUCAUCCCAAGUUUUAAGCAACUGCUGGCAAGGACAUGAUACUUUGUCGGUUUGAUCUUCUUGGCAACUGUUAUACUCAUAGGUGCUGGAUUGUUGGUCCUGAGAUGAGCAUUUUCAAGAUUCAAGCAUUGCUGAAAAUUGCAUCCCUCAAGGCUUAGGGUUUUGGCAGAGAGAGAGUCUGGAAUCUUAUUCAUUUUGUAACAUAUCUCUUUUUGCAGUAUUGGUAGUAUACAAAUUCCCUCAUUUUAUGGAUGCAUUACAAUUUUUCCAUCAAAAUGUGGUCGGAUAGUACCUUGUGGAUAUAUGAUGUAAUUGAGUUUAUCCAUCUGAAAAAUUGACAUGGUUGUACCCUU